GCCCCAUAUCACAGAAUUCCCCCUCCCCUGCCGCCCGAGCGGACCCGGCACCGGAGACACGGAACCUGCGUACGCAUAGACUUGGACACCACAAUUAGUUCCUUCACGAGCAUUACAAGUCACCAGAAUUUGAUUUUCUGUCAAGACAUUUAUGUGCAUCUUUGGCUACUUUUUUAGUAGCACUACUCCUUUCUAGGACUUUUGAACUAGAAAAUCACUUUGAAGAGGGAAAACAAUCUUUUACUCUGAUUUAGUAGUGGGAACUUUGGAGAGAUGUCUCGGAAGCAUAAUCACAAGGAUUCCAUAGGAUUUGUUUUUGAUAUCCAGUCCAACACUGUGAUGGCUCAAGGGGGUUCCUAUGAAAACAUGAAAGAAAAGAUAAAUGCAGUCCGUGCCGUUGUUCCAAACAAGAGUAACAAUGAGAUAAUCCUAGUUCUUCAGCACUUUGACAACUGUGUGGACAGGACAGUUCAAGCCUUUAUGGAAGGGUAUGCUGUAGAAGUUCUGAAAGAGUGGACUGUUCUUGGCAAGAAAAAGAAUAAAAAGAAGAGAAGUAAGCCUAAAUCAGAGAAUCCUGUUCAGAACUCUACAACAGAAGAUGGUAAAGUGGCAUCAGGAGAGGGUGAACAAAGUGCAGCAUCCUUUGAAAAGGGAGGUCUAAAUGGUUACCAUAUUAAUGGCUCUACCAAUGAUACAGAGUCUGUAGAUUCUCUUAGUGAGUGUUUGGAAACAAUUUCAAUUGAUGCUAGAGAGUUGGAAGACUCUGAACUCUCCACCCCUGAUGUGGCAAACCCUCAAGCUUCCACAUUCCAAAACGGUCGACCAGACUUAGAUCUGAAGCUGUCAACCUCUAAUAUUCCUCACAGUUCCUAUCAUCAAAAAGGUGUUUCAGAUCACAGACACAGCAAUAAAGUGCGCUCUGGGAGUAUAUCUAGCAAUGUAUCCCUUAACUCUUCUGUAGCAGAGGAUGCUUCUUUGUCUGCUGCAUCUAAAAAGCUGGGUGCCAAUAUUGAGAAGUCGGUGAAAGAUUUGCAGCGCUGUUCUGUUUCCCUUGCUCGCUACCGCAUGGUGGUAAAAGAAGAAAUGGACAUCUCCAUUAAGAAAAUGAAACAGACAUUUUCAGAGUUGCAGAGCUGGGAAGAAAAAUCUUUUUUAGACGGUAGUGAAUCCAACAAAGCUUUGGGAAUAGUUAUAGCAGAUUCUAAAUUUUCCGGCUCAGACUCUGAAGAUGAUGAGGGAGAUCUGGGGUGCGUGUCUGAUAAUUUGGAUACAGCAAGAGUCGAAGUCUCUAUGGAUUUUAAAAAAUUGUUCACCGAAGGGCAUUUUGUCAGUGAACGCAAAUACGAUGAGGAGUUGGGCCGAGUUGCACGGUUCACUGCAGAUUUAGAGACUCUGAAGAAGAGCAUGGAGACGUUUGGUCAAGUUUCCCAUCCAAAGAACAAUUACUCUGCUCGCUCUCGCUGCUAUUCUCUGGCUAGUCCCUGUGAAGAUACACCUGCUCCAUCCACUCUAGAACCCUCUUCUGCCUCUAGCCUAACCUCAACCAACAGAAAGCCUACACCCACAGGAGAUUCAUCCACAUCAACAAGCCACUAUAGCAACCGUCAGAACCAGCCCCCUAGACAGGGUUACCCAAUGAAUAGGAGACCAGGACAGGGCUUCAGAUCUCAGGGCCCUCCACAAAACUACAACGUUAAUAAUGCAAGAUAUGAUUAUGCCAAACGGAAUAGGAACAACUCUUGGUAUCAGUCCAACUCACGAAACCAAUCAUACCCAAAUCCUCGCCAGUCAACUGACCGGAACCCUGUCCAUCCGUCUGGAACUAAUGGAAGUGCUGCCAGUACAGAGUCUGUCCAGACAGGGUCCUCAAGCCCUGAAAACAAGGCCCUCCCACAACGUAAACCAAGGGCAAACCAUGUGUCUUCUUCCUGAGACAGAAUAAGGCCUGAGCAUACCGCCUGCACUUUCAACGGUCAAUUCCACAACUUGACUUUAGAGAACUGUUAGGUUUAUUAACUAAGAAAAAAAGUUUACAGCUAGCUGCUGAGUGCCACGUUUCUUCCUUAUUUCUUAUAUAUAACAAGCCCCUUAUGUUUUGUUUGUUUUCUCUUGUCUGUCCUGUGCCAUUCUUGUGAUGGGCAAGUGUUGCUCUUUACACCUUUUGUAUUCAGGCCAUUGCUUAUGAUUUAACAAAAGGCUCUUCCAUUACUUGCACCAUUGUCUGCAUUUCCUCACUGAGAGAGGAUAUAAAGGCCUAGUUAAGUAGCAAGUCACUAUAACCAUGAAGAUUUACAUUUAUUGUAAUGACUGCCUUGCAGCAAUCAGGCCUGUUCCCUGCUGCUUCACUUUUUUUUAGUUGAUUAAAACUACAAAUUCAAAAUCAGUUCACCACUGAAGAUUUGAUUAGGUUAUGUUAUUUAGUGGUAGUUUAGAUAUAACAUUUAAUCAAAUAGGACCAGUUGUCUCGCUGAUUCUUGUCUGUCUUCUGCAUUCCUGGUUAUUCAUUUGUAUGUUGUAUGCCCCCUAAUUACACUAAUAUGCCCCUCAAUUUUGUCUUUAAAGUGCCUUGUUUUUUUGUUUUGUUUUUUACUAGUCCCCCAUACUUCUCUGAUUUUGUAACAUUCCUACAAAAGGGUGUCUCAGUCUUCUGUGUACAGACUUUAUCAUUAGGUAAAGGUGCUGAUGUCCUCUGUUGCCUUGUGUGCCACCAUAAUUUGGGAGAAAGACUGCACCAGUAGUUGUGAAAAUUGCUGAAUAACUGACUUCAUCUUCAAAUCUUUGUAUGGCCUCUGUUUUGUUUUCUAUCUGAGCAUUCUUUUUGAUACUUUACCAGACAAAGUGAAAUUGUCACUUUAUUUUGCAUUGUUCUUAACUGGAAGUGAGCAAUAUAAGAUAGAUAACAGAGCUCACCAAAGGGGAGGGGUGGGGGGAGGGUGUAAGUCAGAGAUGUGCACAUAAGAGUAAAAUAAAUAUAUAUAUGCAAGUAGAAAACAGAAGUAUAUUGGGGUACUGUAGAAAUCUAUUCAAAUAUCAAUUUCUAAAUGUUUACUUUAGCUACACUUAAAAAUGCGACUACACAAGAUAUACAACCUUAAAAAAACGUUUUUUCUUUGUUUCUAUAACAAACAAUUUACUUGAGGACUUCUUUCUAGAAUGCGGUACGUUGGAGUAGAGUUUUAGGAAGCGUUGAAAUAUGCUCAUGAAUUAGUAUCCACAAACUGGUGUCGUAUAUAAGGGUUUAGCGGUGUAUAUAAAUGAAAUAAGUAGUCCAGGUCACAUUGUUUAGAACAAUUAAAUGCUUUGUGGAAUUAUAGUGUAUGAAAGUGUUAGGCAGCAGCCUAUAUCAUAAAAUACCAAAUCUCCUCAGUUAUAUAAGCUCUUAUAUCAAACAACAAUAUAUAUAUAUUUUACAAGACCGUAAUAAUAAGAAAGAAAAAAACAACAAAAUGUAUACAACUGAACUGUUAUUUUGAGAAUUAAAAUAGCAGUUUAGGAAGGGUUAACGUAAUAGCUUUGGCCUCAGUCAAACAUAGUACAGAUAAGCCAAAGUAUUCAGUAAUAAUGCUCCAUUAUUUUUUCCUUUUUUGGCACCUUUUUCGGUGAGAUGUACUUACCCUUCAAGAUGUUUCAGCAGUACCCAGUAUACUAUUUCCUUAAAGGGACAUUUUACUCAUAAUGUAAUUCCCCUAUACAUUAAUAAAUGUAAUUAUUGGAAAUGUAACAUUUCAGUAUGCUUUCAGUAUUUAUUUUGCUUGUGCUUGCUUUAAAUACCUUGCUUUUGCUGUAGAAUUUGUAUUUGUCCAAUUCUCCAUAGAGAGGCUGGAAUUCUAAUUCUGUUAAGCAUGUUGCAGUGCUGGGAAUCUCAUAAAACCAGCCAAAUACUACACAGUGAUUGCUUAGGGGAAUGCACAUACUCAUUUAAAUCUAGCUCUAAUUUGUCACAUGGGAUAAGAUCAACAUACUAAUGCUCUGAGUUUUUUUUCUUUAAAAAAAUGCUAAUAUUUAUAAAUUAUUGUGACAGUUUUAAAUGCUUUCGCAACAUUUAUUUUGCUUGCAGUUCAGUACUUAAUUGCUGAUAUAUUACUAUAUAAAAUGACUUUAAUGUCCCUUUAAGUGGAAAUCUUUUUCCUUUCCAAACACACUACUCAGGAUGUAAAGAAUUUUAGAAUACAGUUUAAAUCAGAUUAAUGUUAAUGUCUUUUACUUAGCAACUAUGUGUUUGUAUUGACAAGAGUUAUUCUGCACUGUCCGUCAUGUUACUGAAAUUCCAUCAUGGCCACUUGCUUAAGAUUCAAAAACCAACCACAGGGCAGAGCUGGAAGUUUCUUAAUCCUCUUCUCCAAAGAUGCACCUUUCAUCCCCCAUAAUUCUUUCUUUAUCUCUCAAAACGUUUUCUCUGUUUAAUUUUGCAAUGUUCUUUAUAUGUUAAGUCUAUGUUUCAAGGGCUUUCAGUGUUGUAACAUCAUUAAACACAACACUUAUUAAUCAAUGCAACAUGUAAUGUAGGUUGGCAGUCAACAAAACAUUUAUCCUCUGCAGGUAUAUGUUACAAGAGUGAUUGUAAUCUCCUUUAUUAGAGGCUUGUAACAUGCUUCUGUAUAAAUCUUAUUCAUAUAUUUCAUUUUAACAUGCUAAAAUGUGACAUUCUUAAUUUGUAUUAAUUAGCCUCUAGAUGCUUAGUCACUGUUAUCUUACCGGAUAAACACUAAAAUACCCCAGUUUCAUCACCAGGAACAAUAGCACAUUCUCAGCAAUUGAUAACCGUGGAGUACUGUUCCAAAAUACUUUGUAAAUCUUUUACCAAAAAUAAAAUUGAAAAAUAAGUCGUAAUUAAA